CCGAGGGGUGACCGGUGCCCCGAGCCGCCCGGUCGGUGUCUCCGGGGCUCUCCGCGUUUGGAAGUGGACCCACUGCCCUUUCAGAGGGGGACAAAGUUUGUGCGGAGCGGAUCGACUAAUGAAGAAAAUACAUCCUGCGAAGAGUAAAAGUACUUGAUUCUGGGAAGACUCUUAAAGCACCUCUAACUUCAAAGCUGGAGAAAAGUAUGAAGGAACAGUUCAUCUGACUCCCUCGGCAUCUCACACAAAAUGGCUCUUCAGAAAAAAACUCUUGCUGGUGUCUUGGAGGAAUGGUGUUUGGAAGAACCACUCUUUGGUUGCAGAUGGCACCAGAAUGUUUGGAAAAAACUGAGACUGAUACGAAUUGUAGGGCUUCUUGUCAGUGUAGUGGCCAUUAGUACUUUAUCGCUUUCAAUGAGUGCCUUUUUCAAGAUGGAACCACAUAGCAUGGCACUGGUCAGCAGCCUAGAUAGCCAAAAGCUGGUGCGUGGGCACCAAAGAACUCUGUUGGAUUUCACCGAACAGAAUCAAAAUGGCACUCUAGAUCCACAUGCUUCUAUGAAAUAUGAAGCAGGGCAUGACAAUGAAACAGAUGAUCAUUCAAAGGGAGAGUAUCCCACAGACCUUUUUUCUCUUGAGGAGAGAAGACAGGGAGCAGUGAUCCUGCAUAUAAUUGGAAUGAUUUACAUGUUUAUAGCCUUAGCCAUAGUCUGUGAUGAGUUCUUUGUUCCUUCCUUGACUGUCAUCACUGAAAAACUGGCCAUUUCUGAUGAUGUGGCAGGGGCAACCUUCAUGGCUGCUGGUGGGUCAGCCCCAGAACUCUUCACUUCUUUAAUAGGAGUGUUUAUAUCCCACAGCAAUGUUGGCAUUGGUACAAUAGUGGGAUCUGCUGUGUUCAAUAUCCUAUUUGUUAUUGGAAUGUGUGCUUUAUUUUCUAAAGAGAUCUUGAACCUUACAUGGUGGCCACUCUUUCGAGAUAUGUCCUUUUACAUCAUUGACUUGAUCUUGCUAAUCAUCUUUUUUCUGGAUAACUUCAUAAUGUGGUGGGAAAGCAUAACACUCCUGACAGCGUAUUUUUUCUAUGUGACUUUCAUGAAGUUCAAUGUUCAAGUAGAAGAAUGGGUGAAGAAAUUUUUAAACAGGAACAAGGUUGAGAAGGUAACAACAGAUGCUGAAGGAAAGUCACCUAAUGCCGGAGACAAGGAUGACCAAACAUUGACGACAAAACCACGUCUCCAGCGGGGAGGAAGCUCUGCGUCUCUUCACAACAGUCUAAUGAGGAACAGUAUCUUCCAGCUCAUGAUUCACACACUUGACCCACUUGCUGAAGAGCUUGGAUCAUAUGGAAACCUAAAAUAUUAUGACACAAUGACUGAAGAAGGAAAGUUCAAGGAAAGGGCCUCAAUUCUGCAUAAGAUCGCCAAAAAGAAGUGCCAGGUAGAAGACAGUGAAAGGCAGAAUGGAGCUGCUAAUCAUGAAAAAGGUGCAAAAGUGGAAGUUGCAGUAACACCACCAAGUGAUUCGGGACCAGUGCAGAAUGGAAUCGCCCAUAAUGUUGAAGAAGAGAAUGAAGAGGAUGAGGAGCAGCCUCUCAGCCUGGCUUGGCCUGAAACCCGACGCAAGCAGCUCACCUAUCUUUUUGUGUUUCCCAUUGUUUUUCCACUGUGGGCUACCCUACCAGACGUUAGAAAACCUACAUCAAGAAAAUUUUUUCCUCUCACAUUUUUCGGCUCUAUUAGCUGGAUUGCCUUCUUUUCUUACUUAAUGGUCUGGUGGGCGCACCAGGUUGGAGAGACCAUUGGUAUUAGCGAAGAAAUCAUGGGAUUGACUAUUCUAGCUGCUGGCACAUCCAUUCCUGACCUUAUUACCAGUGUUAUUGUAGCACGCAAAGGUCUGGGGGACAUGGCUGUGUCCAGUUCUGUUGGAAGCAACAUAUUUGACAUCACAGUGGGCCUUCCUCUUCCAUGGCUCCUGUAUGCUGUGAUUAACAGUUUUGCCCCAGUGGCAGUCAGCAGCAAUGGUCUGUUCUGUGCAAUUGUCCUCCUCUUCAUCAUGCUGCUCUUUGUCAUCCUCUCCAUUGCUUCCUGCAAGUGGAGGAUGAAUAAAAUCCUGGGUUUCCUCAUGUUUGGGCUUUAUUUUGUGUUCCUGAUUGUCAGUGUCCUCCUGGAGGACAAAGUGAUCCAGUGUCCUGUCUCCAUCUAGUGGAAAGUGCUCGACAAAAAAAACCCCAGAACAUAUAUAUUUAUUAAAGAAAAAAUAUGUAUACCAAAACAAGAUACCAAAAAAAAACCACAGUGGAAAGCUUCACUGAGUAUAACCCAUGGAUCUGUAAAUUUCCUCUUCCUUGAUUUUAAAAGAGUGAAAGAAAGAAAAUUACACAAAGGGUGGAUCUAGGAGCUGAAGAAUGACUGCUGCUGUACAGUACAGUUACACAUGAAGGGCUGAGUUCAGCUGCACUGAGGUUUUCUUUGCUGCACAUCAUCCUCGCUGCCCGAUACUGGACACACUACGCAUGCACGGAAACAAUGACAGUUAUUGCUUCUCCUCAGCCUGUGGUACAAAUCCACAGACUUCUCGUUCUCUGUAGUCGUAUACACAGACACACAGUGUGCUCAGUUCUUAAGGCUCUCCUCUUCUAAGGAGAAUGAUGAUACUGACUUUGUGGAGGCACCACCCCCCCCACAGACCCUGGUAACAGGAUUUUUCUGAUGACCUGCUGAAACUCCUGAGUGGAAAGCGUACACCGAGUAAAUGAGUCACAGAUGGGGAAGAGCUUGUAUGUCUCUUCAUAUGGGUGGAUUUGUAUGAUGUGAUUUCAGAAAAGCCAGUGAAUUCAUCAGUGUUUUGAUCAUCUGCAUCACAGGUCUGUAAAGGCAAUCAGCAGGAUGUUAAUGGUGGUUUUUUACAUCUUGCAAAACUCUUCAGGUUCCAGAAACUCUGUCUCUGGCACUGAAGGAGCCACGAUGCCUGACCAUUUUGUAACUGGUGCAGAUUUUCAUUGCAUUCUCAUGCAAAGACCAGAAUGGGGAUACUCUUUCUUCUGUAAUAGCAAUGCCGCAUGCAGUGACAUCAUACAGCUAUGUGAACACACCAUUUUUUCUAAUGCAGCAAUAUUAACAGUACCAAUGGCUUUCAGAUGCUGUUAUGAGUUUGCCUUUUCAUGCCAGAA